GGAUCGGGGGCCGAGCCCCAUGGGGUGAAGGGCGGAUGGCGGCGGCCGCGCUCCAGGAUGGAGCACAUGGUGUGUGGUAUUUCCUGCACUGGACUGGGCAGACUGGAUUCAGAAAGCACAGAGGCUCAACAUUGAGGCAUAGCCCAUAGACUUUUCCUACUGGCGUAGGGCACCUGUGAUGGAAAAAAAAAUGUUUUCCUAGUCCCAGGGGAAGUUUGAUUCUGCAUACCAGUGUGCUUUUUAAAGGUAUCAUCAACUCUUCACAAAUUGGAUUCUUUCACAGCUUUUAUGAACAACUGACGAUUCAAAGGACAAUGCACAGUGUGUAUCCUGAUGACAUUUGGUGUGCUGCAACAUGGUUUUUGUCAUGGCAUCUGAGACUGAAAAGGCCCACGCUCUUCUCCAGACUUUCAGCACAGCGUCAGUCAUUUCCAGUCUAGGUCUGGGGAUAUUCUGCUUUGUAGCAGACAGACUUCUGCAGUUUUCCUUCAUUCAGCAAAAUGACUGGCUCCGAGCCUUAUCUGAUAAUGCAGUGCAUGGUAUACUGGGGAUGUGGUCCUGGGCGAUAGUGAUUGGACUCAGGAAGAAAAGUGACUUCACUGAGGUCACUCUGGCUGGCUUCCUUGCCUCUGUCAUUGAUGUGGACCACUUCUUUCAUGCUGGAUCUCUGUCAUUAAAGGCUGCUCUGACUCUUCCACGGAGACCACUUCUUCACUGUUCUACUGUGAUUCCUGUGGUGGCUCUGACAUUAAAGUUUAUCAUGCAGCUUUUCAGGCUUAAGGACUCAUGGUGCUUUCUUCCCUGGAUGUUGUUCAUAUCCUGGACUUCUCAUCAUGUCCGUGAUGGAAUUCGUCAUGGCCUCUGGAUCUGCCCGUUUGGAAAAACUCCUCCCUUGCCGUAUUGGCUGUAUGUGGCAAUUACAGCAUCUUUACCUCAUCUAUGUUCAUUUAUUAUGUAUUUAACGGGCACUAGAGAAUUAAUGUCUAUAAAACAUGGAAUCCACAUUGAUGUAUAGGAAUAAUGGCUUUUAAAGGUGGUUUGUGCUAGCACUUGAAAUAACCUGCCUGUCUGUCACUGAAGGGUUUCCUUAUGUUUCCCACACCUUCUGAGUUAGGCACUUUAAGGUUGUGGAGCCAAUUACAGCUCUUGUGUCAAUUCCUUGUGAUCAUAAAACCUAUUUAAUGAAUGAUGAUAAUUUUAUAUCUGUACAUUUCCCUUGCACAGUGUGUGGUCUUCCAUGAUAGUUCAUGCAUAGCAAGCUGAUUAUAAAGUACUUAGUUAAUCUCUGUAGUAAUUAUAUUACAUUUUACUGUCACAGUGCCAUUCAUCUGGUCACCGUUCACUUGGGAUUUGUAUUCUGCCUUUGGAGAAUACAUUUCGUCCAGAUAGUAUUUGUAUAGCACUUUGAAAGUGUGAAGUUCUAUAUAAAUGCUAGGUAUUACUGAGGGUUUAAUAGUGUAUGGCACUUCUAAAAAAUCCUCAAUUAACCUUCCAAAUUUAUUUAUAUGUUAGGAGUCCUGCUGGACUCUUGUAUUGAACCAUCUUAAAAGAAAUACUGCCUAUAUUUCACACUGUCUAUCCACACUUCUUUAAAUCUGUAGUUACAGAGUGUUUUACUAAAUUCUAUAUCCCCCUGUGAUUGGUUGGUACUAAAUUUGCAGAUAAUUAGUAGCUUCAAAAUUAGAAACGAGUAGACAGUUUGAUUAUAGUAUUAUGGUGUGUUGGCCAAUUAGUUGAAUUUUUAAAAAUACACUAAUUAUGAAUACUAUUUAAUUUGGAACCAAGGAAUUUUAGUAUAUAUAUAAGAAUUGUGUGAAGAUUCAGGGAGACACAAGAAAAUAAAAAUUGCUUAUAACACAAAUUUGCUUAAAGACAUUACUACUCAGUAAAGCAUUUUCCAUUAAGUGCAAUAUCAUCCUCAUAAUUGUAAAAUAAAAUACAUUAUUAUUAUUAUUAUACAGAAAUAGAAAUUUCCUCAUAAAGAAGUUCCAUAAGGAAAAGUGUUGUUAUGCUGCAGUUUAUGAGGUAGUAAUUUGCACUAUGGACUAUUCAGUUUUUAUUUACAGACAUCUCUCAGAAAGAGUCCCAAAUUAAAAGUUGUCUGGUCUUGUCUAACUAGACAAGACUGUCUAGACUUGAGUAGUUUAUUAUGUACAAGCUAAGAAUGUCUAUUAAUGAUUUUUAGAUUUUUUAUUCACCUCCCAUUAAAGAGAUGGGGCCUUAACUACUCCAGCUUGUGAUGAAUAGCUGUCAAAGGGGAUCAUUUUUAUGGAACUGCAUGUAUAAGGUAGCAUGUGCUUAACUUACCAAGGGGUUACCAAGGGGUGUAAGGACUUGCGUGAUGUGUACAUUUACAUUAUUAAAUGUAUAUUAGAAUAAAUUAAAAAAAAAUAUUGACUGGGAUGCCUGUCUUAAUGAGUACCAGAAACUUUCUGUGGCUGCAGAAUACUUAAGGUUCUUUGCAGCACUCUAUACUAAUCAUGGAAAGUGUUGCACCUCUUUAAAAUGUGUCUUUGCAUCAAAAGUAUAGUCCCUGUCCUGUCUUUGUUUCCUGUUAGAAAUGUAUGCCAAUGCAGACUUGUCUGAUAGUACAGUGGGCCUGUCUAGCCUUUAUUAUAAAAUGAAUAAAGUGUUUCUUUCUUAGAAAGAA